AUGUUCGAGUGCUCGAUGCCGUUAAAUUCGAAGGAUGCCGUGGACAUGACCAACGUGAGACAAAUGCCCGACGAAGAUUCGAAUGGUUACUCGGAGAUGCAACUGGAGAAAAUAAGUAACAAGAAGAUGUCUGAUCUCGUGAGCUGGGUGCCUGACACUCCGGCCUUAAAAAAGCGGGCCGUGAAAGAAGUCUCCGAGAAUCGAGAGUUGAAGACCGCGAAGGUCGAGUUCCAGGCACCCGCGAAGACAAGCUCGGUCCAGGUGAAGCUCGAUGCGCAGGGCAACUUGGUGGUCGACAAAACCAGCUUGCUUGUUGAAAAACCAAAUGGUCCGGUUAUCAAUCAUUGGGAAUUUGUCGAGGAGCACAACGAUCACAACACGAACUCUUUAUCCUUUCGAAAACGGCCUUGGAUCAAAAGUCCCUAUUGGAACGAAAAAGAAACGGAAUUAUUCUAUGAUAUACUCCGAAGCACGGGCCCUGACUUCACGCUGAUGGCCGAAUUUUUCAACACUCGCACCAGUGAAGCACUGAAGAGGAAGUACCGUGCGGAAUUGAAGGCCCAUCCAGACCGUAUCAACGAAGUAGAGGCCGCCCCCGUUACUCUCGAUCGGAGUCUAUACAUGUACAGCGAGAGGGCGCUCGAAGCAAUUUCGAAAGAAAAGCUCGAGAAGGCGCUAGCUAAGAAGAAACAGACCAGUGAAGGCUGCUAUUUGGAAAGGGCUGCUGCGCAGCUCUUGCAGCAACUAAUCGCCGAAGCGGAUUCAGAAACAUGUGAUGCCCCUGUGGCCACCGUUGAAGUGCAGAAAAUUCCGUCGAUCGAGCCACCGCAGAAGUCCGAAGCCGUGAUCAACCUUUUGAAAAGCAUUCGCCCUGAGCUACCAGAUGCCGAUGUUCCGCCGCCAGCCAAGAAGCUCAAGGGCUAUGGUGAUAAU